AAUGGAGGUGUGGAUACGGCGCAUGCGCAGACCGUCCACAACUAUACAGUCUCGUCCACAAGCGCAGACAUCAACAAGAGAGCGGGUUACUGAUGCGGGUUGAUUUUCAUAAUAGUCACAUCGUAACGACGCGCUACAGGGACUAUUACUUUGACUCAGCUUCACGCAACUUGCAACAAGAUGUUUGGCUUUCACAAGCCGAAAAUGUACAGGAGUUUGGACGGCUGCUGCAUCUGCCGCGCAAAGUCGUCAAGCUCUCGUUUCACGGACAGCAAGCGAUACGAGAGAGAGUUCAGGAGCUGUUUCGGAUUGAGUGAAACGCGAUCCGGAGAAAUCUGUAACGCCUGUGUGCUCCUGGUGAAACGAUGGAAAAAGCUCCCUGUGGGAACCAAGAAGAACUGGAACCAUGUGGUCGAUGCCAGGGGAGGUCCCAGCUUAAAGACAACUUCCAGGCCCAAGAAAACAAAGUCCAUCUCCAAGAAAGCACGGCCGAGCCAGAUCAGCAGGCUGCAGAAAGAGCUUAAAAGAAACAAUUCAGAUGCUCACAGCACCACCUCCAGUGCCUCUCCGGCUCAGUCUCCCAGCUACAGCAACCUGUCGGAUGACGGCUCUGACACUGAGCUCAGCCCAGGAUCCAGCCGCUCCCCUGUUUUCUCCUUUCUGGACCUCACCUACUGGAAGCGGCAAAAAGUGUGCUGUGGAAUAAUCUACAAAGGGCGCUUUGGGGAGGUGCUCAUCGACCCUCAUCUGUUCAAACCGUGCUGCCGCAACAAACAACGACAGCAGCAGCAGCACGAGGAGGAGGAAGAAGAUGAGGAGGAGGAAGACGAGGAGGAAGAAGUGGAGGUAGAGGAAGGCCAGGUGGGCGCGGAUGUCAGUGGGCAAAAAUCCCAGACAGAAGAGGAAGUGAAGGAGACGCCAACAUGUGAGGAAAAUGCGGAGCCUGCUCAGCUAUGCGUCACUGCAUCAACACCUCCAACCAGGAGCGUAGCGGUGGCGGCGGCGGUGGUGAAGGAAGGGUGGUAAAGUCAAAACCCCCCUGGCACACAUCUCUGAAGAAAUCGUGGGGUGCUGUUUUUUCUCUCAAGCACUUACGGAAAAGAAGUUGCCUCAGAUUGCCUUCAGUCAUAAAGCAGCUGAAAAUCCUUUGGUCUUCUCCAUUAUAAAGUUGGAGGUUUGUUUAUUAUGUUUAAACAGUAACUUAUGGACUGUUGUGUUUUCACUUUGUCUCUUUUUUUGUAUUUAAUAGUCUUACCAUCCUGACGUAGGACCAUCAUCAUCCGUGGUGUUUUUGAUCUACUUUAGAUGAAAUGCUGGAACUCUAGUUGGCUGGUACAUUUAAAAGAUUUUAUUCCAAAACGCAAUAGAUCCACUAACUCACAGAAAAAGGUGCUACUUGAAAUUCAUUACUCAACAUUGCAAACUUACAGCUGAACCCAUUCUCAAUGUGGAUAUUUUAUGAGCAUAUAUGUUAAAAUGACUAAUAAUAAUAAUGACUGGAUUAGUUUUGCUUUCUUUGUCCAGAGUAAAUAGCUCUUUUUUAAACGGUGGAUAUCUUGUUUUGGAAUGAAUGAAACUUUACAUCGACAGA